AUGUCUAAUGACGGGUCCCUUUUGGCUUUGAGGCAAAGUGUGUUCAAGUUUGACAAAGGAAUUCCUAACCACUUGAGGGGCAAAAUAUACAAAUUUUUGCUUGGGAUUAAAUUCAAUAGUAAUGAUCACCGACGUAAUAUUGAUAACUUUGAAUUGUUAUCAUUCCUAAAAAAUCCUGUCUUCGAUGAUGUGUGCCAAGACGUUAUACAACACGAUGUGGAUCGGACACGCUCCACUUCUGAUUUCUUUCGUUUGCCAGAUAAUAGGUUUCUUCUAAAAACUCUACUAACUUUUUAUUCAAAAAAUGUCUGUCCCUACAAGCAAGGUAUGAAUGAAGUGCUAGCACCGCUGCUAUAUUUGAUUGACGACUCUUUCACCCUUUGUGACGUAUAUAAUGCAUUCACUGGGCUAAUUGACAGAUAUUUGAGCAAUUUAUACGAGGGGGAAUACUUUUAUAAGCUAAAAGUCUCGUUUCGUGUCUACAAUCGCAUAUUGUGGUAUCAGGAUCCUGUGUUGGCGUUCGUACUAGAACAAAAUGGCAUCACCCCUGAUAUGUAUAGCACUUGGUGGUUCCUCACUCUCUUCUCCUCUAAACACGAUCUGCCCAUUAUUUACUGCAUUUGGGAUUACUAUCUAGCAGAGGAUAACAAGAUUUUGCUAUUAUUCAUAGGAGUUGCAUUGGUAAUGCAUAAUAGAAAACAUUUGUUGGCAUGCGAUCCAACUCAGCUACCAGAAGAGAUGUCAAAGCUUAAGAUAGAAGAUGUUAAGCAGUUUCAUGAAAUAUGGAAUUUGGCUAAAAUGCUUCAAAUUAACACACCAUCUAGAAUUGUUGAAUUUGUUAUGUGCGAUAAAGGUACAAUAAAGGGCCUACAAAACGAAAUAGCCCCAAACUAUUCCUCAGGCAUAUUUGUCGUGGACAAGGAUGAGCUAAUGGAUAUCAACGGGCUCACUUACAUAAUUGACAUUAGAUCCAAGGAUAUCUUUGAAAAAGAAGCUAAUUCCAAUUCGGUUCAUUUUGAUAUAAGUAAAGACUGGAAUAAAUCUACCACUGCUCUGUUACGUAACAUUUACAACAUGAACGAUGAUAACCUUUCCCGUUUCAGUGAUUGUGAGAGUGACAAUUCAUCGCAUAUAAAGUCUCCCAGUAACGUUUACAAGUCCAUCGAUCAUCAAAAAAUUACUACCAACCCCUCCCUUUUCCCCUGCAAUGUACAAGUAAAUACCACUGGGAACAAAUCAACCGGCAGAUACAUCAAUGGGCGUUACUAUUCAACGGGUGGAAUGAUAUUUGGGGAAUAUUCUGAACAAGAUCGUAGGGCGUUUGAAGAUUUUUCCAUUUCCAACUGCCAUUUAGCAAUACUGUCAGACCAAUUGCCAUCUUCCAUUGACUUCUUCUUGGGCAGAUCUAUCCCAAAGUGCACCCUUACCUCUUUCUACUUUUAUCUCGCCCAGCAUUGUUUGCUACCUAGGGUUAGCAUUAUAGGGAAGAAAAAUAAGAAGAUUUCAAGUGCCAGAAAUAGCUUUUCUGUUAAUCGUAAUGGAAGUGGCGAUAAAUAUAUCAGUACAUCAUCCAUUGGAGAUUCUUUUUAUAAGUUUAAAAAUGUAUUGGGAAGACUGACUUCCAUCAGUAACAACAGCGUAUCCACUUCACUCACACCUUUGGAUAUAAUUUCCUGGUCCAGUAUUUCCACUUUGGACAAUUUUCAUCACAUCGAAUGCCAUAUUGAUCUUAUUUAUCAGCCUAUCAAACACCCAGAAAUGAGAUGGCUUUCGUGCUACUCAAAUUAUCGUAAAUUAAUCAACCUAGGGAUAAGGGACUAUAGCUUCAAUUGGGGCUACUCCAAAGGGGAACAGAUGUACAGACUUGUAUUGUCUAAGAAUCUGAUUCUUGUGGUUAGUAUGCCAGAGUUCAUGGAUAUAGAGAUGUGUAAUAAUAGCAGGGUGGAUUAUUUCAUUUCUGGCAAACAAAUUUGUUUGGAAGAUCCGAUGGUAUACUACUUUGAUCCCACCGUUUCAAAUUGGUCUGAUCUUAUCUCUUCCCAGGCCAAAAUUGCCGCCAAAUAUAAUCGCAAAAACAUUAUGAAUGAAGAGGGUAAUCAAGUCAAGAAAUUUGAUACUGAUACUGAAGCGUCUGAAAGAACCCACGGUAUAGAUGCUGUAUAUGUCUAUGGUGUCUUCCACACCAGCACAAUCAGCAAGAUAACUAGUGCCAAGAACAACUAUACCAUCGUAUCAUUCUACUUCUCGAGCAAUCCGAGUGAACCGUUAUUCAGGUGCAAAUUCUUCGCCAAAGAGGAUACCAAAAUGUGCCUGGACAUUGUAAAAAUGCUAUAUCGUUCUUCGCGUACUAUAGUGUCCUCUAAUGAUGAUAGUAGUUAA